AUGACGCUUUGGCGGUCGCUCCUGCUUUCGCUUCCGAGGAGAGGCCGCUUCCUACGGGCGGCGGCGGCGGCGGGGAAGCGCGGCCUGACGCAGCCGGGGCCUCGACCAAUCAGAGGCGCGCCGGAGGGGAGGCGCCGCGCUGCCAUUGGAGGAACCGCUGCCAUUCUGGGCGGCUUCGGCCUAUCAGCCUUUUCUUUAUUCUCCCAAGAGGCCGAGCAGGAGGAAAAGGAAGGGAAAGAGGAAGAGGAAGCCAAGGAAGGCAAACAGGAAGAGGAAGCCAUCAUCUUCCUGCUCAAAAAGGCCAAGCUCAGCAUCAUGAAGGGAGAGAUGGAAGAGGCCGAGAGGAUCCUCCAUGAAGCGGCCCGGAUGGCACAAAAGACCGAAAACACAGCCGCCCUCAUCUACACGUAUGACACGAUGGCCAACUUGGCUUUGUCGCGAGGCCAAAUGGAGCAGGUAAGUUUCCACAACGACGAGCAGCAGAAGCGGAGGCCAAAUGGAGCAGGCGGAAAAGCUCUUCAAAGCCACCAUGAGCCACCUCCUUGCGGGAAACAUGAAGGAGGACGACAACGCCGUCCUCGAGAUCUCCCUCAAGCUGGCCAGCAUCUACGCCGCGCAGAAUCAGUUACGGUUGGCGGUCCUUUGUUCUUUCUUUGCGAGCGCUCCUCUCGGUUGCCGUUGUCUUAUUGCGAUUUCGUGUUUUCGCGGGACAGGGACACGUUGGCGUUGGCCGGCUACGAGUUCUGCAUCCUGAGCCUGGAGGAGAAGGUCGCCCGACAGAAGGACCGGCCUCAGGAUGCUCUCCCGGAGGAGGAGCGGAAGGACACGCGGCUGCUGCUGGGCCUGAGCCUGGACUCCUACGCCCGCUUCCUCCUGGCCCGGGGCCGGGCUUCCGCCGCGCAGAAGAUGUACGUCCGGGCCUUGCGCAUUGCGGCCGAGGAGCAAGGCCAGGCCCACCCGCAGACGGUGGUUCUGAUGAACGACUUGGCCACGGCUUUGGACGCUCAGGGCCUCUACGAGGAGGCCUAUGCCCAGGCCAAGAGGGCGGCCGAGCUGGCCCGAGAGACCGGACAUCCCGAGGCCCACAUCGUGCUGAACAACCUGGCGGGGAUCCUGAUGCAUAAAGAGGAUUAUUCCGGAGCCAAACGAGUCUACCACGAAGCCCUGAAGCGGGCAGAGAAAAGCGGAGACGACGCGUCUGCCGAAUACAUCAGAAAGGAAUUACUGGAACUGGCCAAAAGGAAGAAAAGGCGGUCGGAGUCGCCGAAGGAGAGCGGAAAAGUUGCCGGAAGGGAGUGAUAUAUCUACAGAUCGGGACACGACAGAAACUCUUGGAAAAUAAGUCUGAAAUGUUCAGGAAUUCGGAUUCUAUAUAUAUAUAUAUAUAUAUAUAUAAACAUCAACGGUUUGUUGCCGCAUGUCCAGACAUCAACGAGAGUUCGAGACAGUGAUGCUUCCAUUGUUCUUGGAUGAUACUGAUUAUUUGGAUGAUAUUACCCUCCCAAAAAGCAAGCCAACCAGGACGGACCCUGGGGUAUAAAUCAUAAAUAUAUAUUUCCAAGUGAUUUUUUAAUUUUGUGGCAAAUCCAAGUGCACGGGAAAUGAAAAAACGGGUUUGGACAGAAUGCAGGAAAGUUUCAGGAAGAUGUGUACUGGACAUAUUAAGUUGUGGAAAAUCACAUGUAUGUAUGCUUGGAUGCAGCAAGCAAUAAUAAAAGCAUAGGAACCUCAGAAA